GCAUUCAGAUUCGUAAAUCUCUCGAUUAGAUCACAGGGUUCGAAACCCGUCUUUUCCCCCAUUUUCACCUAUGUCCUAUAAAAUUCGGGAUCUGACACGAAUUUUUGAGUUUAGAUUUUUGACAAAUUCAGAAUGUGCAUGCACUGAUGCAACCCCCUUCCCUUAUCGUGAAACGAGAUUUCUCUUGCAAUCACUGUAUCUUGAAUUGAAUCAAAUUAGGUUUAGGUUCUGACUUCGAUUGGAUUUAGCAUUUAGAGCCUGUUUGGUGUUGGUGUAAUUGUUUGUACCUUCUCGUGGAGGAAUUUGUUGGAGAUUGGAGAUGAAUCAGAGGGGUUUAAUAUAUAGCUUUGUUGCCAAAGGAACUGUUGUUUUAGCGGAACACACACAGUAUACGGGGAAUUUCAGUACUAUUGCUGUUCAGUGCCUGCAGAAGCUACCUUCAAAUAGCAGCAAAUACACGUAUUCCUGUGAUGGGCACACCUUUAACUUCCUCAUAGACAAUGGAUUUGUUUUCCUUGUUGUUGCUGAUGAGUCAGUUGGAAGGAGUGUUCCUUUUGUAUUUCUUGAACGGGUGAAGGAUGACUUUAUGAAGCGCUAUGGAGCAAGCAUUAAUAAUGACAGUACCCAUCCACUUGCUGAUGAUGACGAUGACGAUGAUUUGUUUGAGGACAGAUUUAGCAUUGCGUAUAAUCUUGAUAGAGAAUUUGGACCAGCACUCAAGGAGCAUAUGCAGUAUUGCUUGAAUCAUCCCGAAGAAAUAAGUAAACUAUCAAAGUUGAAGGCUCAAAUAACUGAGGUUAAGGGGAUAAUGAUGGACAAUAUUGAGAAGGUUUUGGAUCGUGGAGAGAAGAUUGAGCUGCUGGUGGACAAAACAGAAAACUUGCAGUUCCAGGCUGACAGCUUUCAGAGGCAGGGCAGGCAGUUGAGAAGGAAGAUGUGGCUGCAGAAUCUCCAAAUGAAGCUGAUGGUGGGAGGAGGAAUCCUUACCUUAAUCAUAAUUCUGUGGGUUAUUGCCUGUGGGGGUUUUAAAUGUUGAUGGAGCCACAAGAAGUUGAAGUCCGUACUAGGCAGGAUGCACAAAAUGAUUUACUACGUGUACAUGAAAUUUGGCACUGCAAUUUGUGGUUACUGUCAGAGACUGUAAUUAAGCUUGUGUGAAGAACUGCUAGUUAUCUUGAAUCAAGCUCAUACUUUAGAUGCCAUAUCUGGAUUUGUUGUGUAUAUCAUGACAACAAUGUUUUUAGCAUUAUAUAGACUAUUUCCACUUUCCCUGU